AUGGACGGUACCAUCAUAAAUACCGAGGAUAUUUACACUCUCGCUGCCACGGAAAUGCUCUCGAGAUAUGGGAAGGGCCCCUUGACAUGGGACAUUAAACUUCAUCUCCAGGGACUUCCAGGUCCUCAGGCUUCGAAAAGGUUGCUCGAGCACUAUGGUCUCGACAUUGCGCCUGAAGAUUGGAUGGCGGAAACUUUCCGUGUGCAAGAAACAUUGUGGGACCGCUCUGAGUUUUUGCCUGGCGCCCUUGAGUUGCUCCAGUACUUGAAGGAGAAAGAGAUCCCCAUUGCUCUCGGAACAUCUUCCAACGCAAAGAGUUUUGACAAAAAAACCAAACAUCUUCAGCACGGGUUUCAGUUAUUCGGCAAACACGUCGUCACCGGCGAUGAUCCUCGGAUUCCUCCAGGAAGAGGAAAACCGCAACCCGACAUCUGGCUAGUGUGCUUGGAAAGUCUUAACAAAGAAAGAGAAGCUCAGGGCCAGGAGCCCAUUGAUAUCGAAGACUGCUUGGUGUUCGAAGAUGGGAUUCCUGGAGUAAUUUCUGGAAUCAACUCCAAGGCCACGGUGGUUUGGAUUCCCCACCCAGAGGCGCUCAAAGAGUUGAAUGGAAAAGAGGCUGAGAUUAUCGGCGACCAUCACUUGCUUGAUUCUCUCGAGUCGUUUGACAAGGCCUAUUUUGGGCUUUGA